UGGAUACAAAUUGGAUUUUUGUUCGGAAUUCGCAUUUUUUGCAUAUUAUAUGUAAAGUAUUGAUUAAAUUUAAUGUUCUAUUACAUUUAAACGAGAAAUUCUAUUCUUAGAGAAGCCAUGAAUUCAUCAACCACGAGUUAUGAUAGGAAGAUGCGGUAUAGGGUGAUACUUCAAGAUUUAAGUUUGGAACAAGAAAAUGAUAACAAUGAUCAGCGAAUGCAAAAGACGACGGAGGCCGUUCAUGAAGUGAAGAAGUUAUUGAAGCAAGGCGGAGUCGAGGAGAGAGUCCGGCAUCCAGGCGAGAGCUACCUGGACUCGCGCGUGCUCCGAGCCGCGAGCGACCUCGCGAUAAGCUGCUCCGAAGCGGUCACCGGCCUGGAGAAUACGUAUAACAAGCACGAGCUGGCGCAGCAUAUUCGCGAAAACGCCGCGUUCUGGUCGCUCUGCCUACCGCGCGAGGUGUGCGCGUGCGCGUCGCUGCACGGCGCCUUCGCGCCCGCGCCGCCCGCGCCCCGCGCCCGCGAGCGCCAGCGCCGCGCCCCCGCGCGCCCCGACGCGCAGCUGUGCGCGCCGGACAGCGUCGAGCGACUCAGCGACGCGACUAUUGAUCCCGAGUAUGGCAUACCGUUUGUGGAACCUGUGCCACAGACGGUGCAGGCUGAUGAUGACUCUGAUGAGAACCAGUUCAUUGUGUCGAUGAACAUGGAGAGGUGGAGGGAUCUGAUUGAAGCGUUUGAAAUAACUGAGCCGAUGAUGGUUUUGAAGAGAUUAUAAUAUUUUGACUGGGGUAAGAGUUGGGGCAUCUGACUGGGAUCUGGAUUGACUGUAGAUUUGACGCUGCAUGUGAUAUUUCCCCCCCUACGGGAGGACGGGGAGAGACUAUUGAGUGCCUAAAAUAGUACUUUAAUGAUUACCUGUAACUACCUCGUGAUUUUUUUAUUUUUGUACAUCGACGUACUAUAAACAAGUUUCAUUAAUAUGAAACAUUUAAAACAUAUUUCGCCUAUUUUACCUUUUUCCCGCGGUUGCCUGGUAGAGAUCGCUGCGCAGUGAUAAGGCCACCGAUUCUUCUAUAUCCUUUGUAUAUGUAAUUGUUUCUGUGUGUUUUCGUUUGUCAUGUACAGUACAGGUAAAGAAAUAAAUAAAAGAUUAAAA